CAGGCCCAAGCUAGGGGCGGGGAUCGAUCGAGACCCCGGGGUCACGUGACCAGAGCUGGGGGCUCCUGUCUGAGCACUCCAGCUGCUUCUCUCCAGGUGCCCGUCGGAGGGAAAGAUGGCUGAUGCGCAGAACGUCUCGCUGGACGGCCCGGGGAGUGUGGGGGCCGUGGCCGUGCCUGUGGUCUUUGCCAUCAUCUUCCUGCUGGGCACAGUGGGCAACGGGCUAGUGCUGGCCGUGCUGUUGCAGCCCAGCCCCAGUGCCUGGCAGGAGCCGGGCAGCACUACGGACCUGUUCAUCCUCAACCUAGCGGUGGCCGACCUCUGCUUCAUCCUGUGCUGCGUGCCUUUCCAGGCCGCCAUCUACACACUGGACGCCUGGCUCUUUGGGGCCCUCGUUUGUAAGACGGUGCACCUGCUCAUCUACCUCACCAUGUACGCCAGCAGCUUCACGCUGGCCGCGGUCUCGGUGGACAGGUACCUGGCCGUGCGGCACCCGCUGCGCUCGCGGGCCCUGCGCACGCCGCGCAACGCCCGCGCCGCCGUGGGGCUCGUCUGGCUGCUGGCGGCCCUCUUCUCGGCGCCCUAUCUCAGCUACUACGGCACCGUGCGCUACGGCGCGCUGGAGCUCUGCGUGCCCGCCUGGGAGGACGCGCGCCGGCGCGCCCUCGACGUGGCCACCUUCGCCGCCGGCUACCUGCUGCCCGUGGCCGUGGUGAGCCUGGCCUACGCGCGCACGCUGCGCUUCCUGUGGGCGGCCGUGGGCCCCGCGGGCGCGGCGGCGGCGGAGGCCCGGCGCAGAGCCACGGGCCGCGCGGGGCGGACCAUGCUGGCCGUGGCCGCGCUCUACGCCCUCUGCUGGGGCCCGCACCACGCGCUCAUCCUCUGCUUCUGGUUCGGCCGCUUCGCCUUCAGCCCGGCCACCUACGCCUGCCGCCUGGCCUCGCACUGCCUAGCCUACGCCAACUCCUGCCUCAACCCGCUCGUCUACGCGCUCGCCUCGCGCCACUUCCGCGCGCGCUUCCGCCGCCUGUGGCCCUGCGGCCGCCGCCGCCGCCGCCGCUGCCGCCACGCCCGCUGCCCCCCGGGCGCCCGCCGCGCCCACCGCCGCGUCCGCCCCGCCACCGCGGGCCCUGCCGGUUGCCCCGGGGACGCCCGGCCUCGCGGGAGGCUGCCGGUGGGCGGCGGCCGGGGCGGGGGGCCCGGGGAGGAGCCCGCCCGCGUCGGAGAGGCCGGGCGAGCCUCGUCGGCCCCGGGACCGGAAUAA